AUGCCCCUCGCCCUCCUCAUCACCGGAGCCACCGGCAACCAAGGCAGCGCCGUGAUCAACGCGCUCCUCGCCCAGGAACUCGAUGUGGAGAUCCUCGCCGUGACCCGCAACCCGCACUCCAGCGCCGCCCGCCGCCUCACCCAGCGAUCCCCCAAGAUCAAGCUCAUCCAGGGGGACCUCGACCACCCGGCGCAGAUCUUCGAGAAGGCAAAGAACGCCGCGACGUUGCCGAUCUCCGGGGUGUUUAGCGUGCAGAACCCCUUCGCGUCCGGCCAAAGCGUCCACAAAGAAGAACAGCAAGGCAAAGCCCUGAUCGACGCGGCCCUAGCCCACCAAAUCCCGCACUUCGUGUACAGCUCGGUCGACCGCGGCGGCGACGCCUCCAGCGACAACCCCACCACCAUCCCGCAUUUCAUCAGCAAGCACCGCAUCGAGCAGCACCUGUUCACGCGGACCCGCGAAGCCAACACCGAAGGCGGUGGCGGCGGCGGCGGUAGCAACAACAUCAGCACCACCACCAUGACCUGGACAAUCCUGCGCCCGACCUUCUUCUUCGAGAACCUGGUUCCCUCCACGGGCUUCGCGGGGAAAGUGACCGCGACGGCGUGGGACGCCUACCUGCAGGGGAAGCCGCUGCAGUGCGUGGCCGUGGCGGACGUGGGCCACUUCGCGGCGAUGGCGCUGGUGCGCGCGGGCGCGGCCCCGUUCCGGAAUCAGUGCCUGUCGCUGGCGGGCGACGACCUGACCUACGAGCACCUGCAGCGCACGGUGCGCGCCAAAACCGGCGGCCGCCCGCUGCCGACCACCUACCGCGUGCUGUGCUACCUGGUGCUGUGGGUGCUGGGCGAUCCCCGGACGAUGUUCUCGUGGUUCUAUGAGCAAGGGUACGGGGCGGAUAUCCCGCGGCUGCGGAAGUUGUAUCCCGGGUUGAAGAAUUUGGAGGGGUGGUUGGAGGAGAGUGAGUGGGUGAAGAAGCGUUAG